GAGUAUUUGGUCCCGUCCAUACUAGUGACAACUGUCAUUUCGGAUAGGGCUUGACAAAGGGAUCGACAGCUCUGGACUAUCACCGUCGUUGAAGAAGAACUGGAAAAUCAACAAUGACGAUGAGGACAACCGCGGUAUCACGCGCCUUCGUGGCAUGCAAUAUUUACGUGAGUGCCGGGGGCAACCAACUCCACAAAGAUCUUCUGGCGAGACUUCUAACCGAAACGCAAGAGCAUUGCCGCCGUUCCAACCGCAACCAUGAAACCCAAGGACACGGUUCCGACCAACGUCCGCAGCACCAGCGUGUUGCGGUCGUCCACGCCUUUCGAGACGGGCCCUACGACAGGUCUUCCUUCCACCUUGCCGGGUCGCCGGCGCUGGUCGCCGACGUGGGCUCGUCUCUGGCUGAUCGCGCCAUACGAGCCCUGGCUGGUUUCGUGACCGCCCGCGGCAACACCAGCGAGGACGGCGCAGUGACGGAAACCUCGGCGGGCCAGAGGCAUCCCACCGUUGGCCUUGUGGACCACGUCUCCGUCUUGCCCCUGGAAGAGGCAGCCGCGGCAGCGAGCACCACCGGCUCCGUGGCCCGUGACAUUGGGGAAACCAUGAAAGCCUUGGGGGCCGACGUUCUUUAUUAUGGAUACGCRCAUCCUUCYGGAAAGGAACUCGCAGCGGUGCGGCGGGAAUCGACGAGAUUCUUCGACAGCAGCGACGCGAGCACCCUUGUGGCCACGGCGACGCACGCCCCCGGGCAGGCCACGGUGGGAGCGCCCCCCCGGUUUGUCGAAAACUUCAACAUUCGGUUGAAGCCCACCGUUGCGAGACGGGUUGCCCGUACGCUGACAGAAUCCGUCCGCGAGCGGAGCGGCCAGGGAUUGCCGUGUGUGGAAGCCCUGACCCUUAAGUACGGGCGAGACMAGUACGAAGUUGCGUGCAAUCUAUUGGAUCCAGGCGUAACUUCUGCUACGGACAUCGAAAAGCGGAUGCGAGUCUGGGAGACACAGCAGCAGCAGCAAGAAGGGGAUAUYAACGAAUCGUUCGGGUUGAUCGAAACCGCGUACCGCGUGGGAACCACCACGGAGAUGUGCCUGAAAGCCUUGCGAGACGUGUCGACCGAGGACGGCGAAAAAACCCACAACACAAUUGUACUGAGGCAGCUCGAAGCAGACUUUGGGACAGGAUAGCAAUGAAAAUUAUGUUAUUGGAAUUUCCUUGUCGCAAUGUCGUACCCAAGUAUGGUUUGCCGUGCUUCCAAUAAAAUCGAACGGUAUAAAUCYAUCUUUUGACAUGAUUGGACGGAUGUUGACGCACAAUGUGUCUUCGGCGUCAGUACAAGAAAUUUAAGGCACGCGUUCGCGUGCGGAAUGAGUUGCUUGGGGCGGCAAGUGUAUGGCAAGCAUCGAAAAAGUCACACGUGGGUUUUUCCUUUCCACAACUAGAUCAUCACCAAGGUUUCGUCUCAAGUUGGCCAUCAAGUGGUCGUCUUCGCCAGGUAUUGUUUCAGCAUCAUCUUCAGAGAGAUAGCUUUGCAUUUGGAAUAAUAUCUGGGACCAGAGAAUGUAUUGCAAGAAUCAAAAAGCCCCCAAGCUSAAUCUCCUUGAUUUUUAGAAGUAACAAUCAUUCCUCUCACCUAGAAAUCAGUGAGCGGACAAAUUCAUUAAUUGAUCACAACUACRCCGCACAAAAACGAGGACUUCAAUUGUGAGAUUUGGAAUAGAAACCGCUUUUGUUAAUAGCAAUUCUUUGCAUGGUGAUUGUGAUGGUUCUGUGCUAAUGAUCUCCUCUAACUUCGUUCGKUAUGAAGGGGUGUGAGAUUUUUCUGCCAGAAUCCCCCUCAAAUACUAUUAUUAGUAGUACCGGCAUGUCCGAGUACUACCGGUACCGUAGGGCUUGAACCUUGAACGCACUUAUCUGUACAGGUAUUCCGCGAAUGUGAAUAAAGCUGGAUCACGAGC